AUGAGCUCAACAGCCCAUCUGCACUUCCUCCGGGAGUCUCUAAUGGGCAGCAACAGCAACAGCAACGAUGAUAAAGUCGAGCGCUUCUCCUCAGCAGAUCUAUCAUCAGCCAGAAUCUCUCACCGUCCUCCAGCCGUGAAAAAGGGCUCCCUUGGAACCGGCUCUAUCUUUUCCGACGGCGAGGUAUCGACAUCCGGUCCCACGCCUAAACGGCCACUGAAGAAAGAAGGUGAAGACGGUGCUACCCAAGAUGCAGAGCACUCUACUGCUCUCGUCGACCGGAACCGAGACACGAUAUCACGUACUCUGAUACCGCAUCCUGAACGACGAGCCCGAUGGGAGAGAAAGAUGGUCAUCCGCGCCGUCAAGAACCGCGGCCAACUUACGCGGGAAGAAGUGAUUCAGCAGAGUGAGCGAGAGCUGCAGAGUCGAUCGCACUGGUUCAAGACGUCGGUGAAGAAGUUGGGCCCUCUUGCAAGACAGAUUGCAGGCAAGAAAGUCGAGGAUGCGAUCAUGCAGAUGAGAUAUAGUAAGAAGAAGGCGGCGAGGGAUGUGUUGGCGUUUCUUGAGCAGGCGAGGAAUGAGGCUAUUGUUAGUCGAGGGAUGGGGAUUAAGUCUGAAGAAAAUAAGGGUCAAGAGGUGGAGAUCAAGUUGAAGGAUGGCAAGAGGUAUACUGUCCGGGAUGAGAGGGAGAUAUAUGUUGACCAGGCGUGGGUGAACCGGGGCCCUUAUGGAGUGGACUUUGACCACCGGGCGAGGGGACAGAUUAAUAGGCUGCGUCCGCCGUACACUGCGUUGGCGGUGGUGUUGAAGGAGGAGAAGACGCGGGUGAGGGAGUGGCAGGAUCGGACGGAGAAGGCACUGAGGGAGAGAAGGGAGAAGUUGUGGGUGCAGAUGCCUGACCGGCGGGUUACAGGGCAGAGCCAGUACUAUUCUUGGUAA